GGGACGGAGGUGGGAGCCGCGCUGCGGAGCGAAGCGAGUUGGGGAGGGGGGAACCGUCCGGCAAAGGAGCGGGCUCGGGGCGCCGCUUGCGAGACUUUCUUCCCAGCCGGCGCGAAGGAGAAAAAUUAAAUUAAAUUUAAUUUAAUUUAAAAAGCAGGCAAGCCAACUCCGGACCUGCCUCUCUCUCUCUCUCUCUCUUUCUUUCCGGCUGGCGUCCGGUCCGGACCCGGGAGCGCUCUUACUAUGCUCAGAGGGGAUCCUCCUCCCGCCAUGCGCUGGGCGCUGCGGUGGCGGCUGGUGCUGCUGCUGGCGGGGCUGCUGGGCUCGCCGCCCUGCGGAGGGGGCAUAUCAGGAGUAACCGCGGAUUCUUCACCGCCUCCUCCAACUACCCUGACUCUCCGUUCUGUCGCCGGCGUUUCUCCUUCCAGUGUUGCAUCGGGCAUCGUGACCACCUCGACUCUCACUCCACCACUAGGGGCGCCCUCUAGCAAACCUGCAGCUUUGCCAACCUCCUCCACUUCUCCCGUUGUCGUGAAAUCAUCCAAGAUGCCUGCAGUGGGGACUUCCGUCAAAACCACCACCCCUUCUUUGCCCACGAAGCGUGGAGACACUACCACCGCCGCUGCCCCCGCCGUCAUCGCUGCAACUACAGCGGCCUCGCGGGCACCAACGUUGGCUCCGGUGUUGGCUACCACCCAUACCACUUCUUCGCGGGGGAUUGCCGCGAAAGACCUCACCUCCGUCAGCGGGCCGACCACGGUCACCCUUUCUCCCUCCUCGCCUGCCUCCAUAAGGCCGGUCGGGUCCACAGCGAAAAGCCCAGGGCCUCCACUCAUUUCUGCAAAACCUUCGGCCGUGGCUGGAGUUGUCAUUGGUCCUACAACCUUAGCAACUGUCGCGACUACCAAAACUGCACCAACAAGCAAGGAUAAAUUCUCGGCGGCGUUGCUUACCUCACCCAACACGUUGGUGACAACCGCGAUGCCCAAACCUUCAGCGUCUCCCAAAAGCUCCACGGUUCAUUCCUCAAGUAGCGUCUCUUCCACUCGCCCAGAAUUGAAGACGGCGCCUCCGUCUUUGUCCUCGGGGACCACAACUCCUCAGGUGUCUCAUGUCCCCUCUCCUUCCAGCCGGACGAACCUGAGUUCGGUGCAAGGCCAGACUAAGAUCGUUUGUGAAAAUAACAUGCCCCCGAAGGAGAAGGCGAUCGUUCUCACCUUAAAUGCAUCACAGCCUUGUAACAGUUUGGAGGGAAGCCCAUUGAAAGAGGCUCUUAUGGAGGUGCUUUGCAAAGCGUUGAAGCCCAACUACAACCAGAAUCGGGAUGACUGUACGAUUUGGCUGGCUUCGGACACGGAGGAUCUGAGGAGAGUGGCUGUGGUCAAAACAUCUGUGCAAACACAUUUUGUGGAUGAGGAAUUAUCCGAAGCUCUGGCUGCGAAGAAGGCAGAACUGGAGAAGUUUGGAGUUAACAACAUCACCUAUGGUGGCCGACCCCUAGACACUGAGCCCAAGGAUCAUCUGAGCCUUCCUCUGAUUAUCACCAUCAUCUGCAUGGCGGCCUCUCUGCUCCUCGUAGCUGCCAUCUACGGCUGCUGUCACCAACGUAUUUCUCAGAGAAAGGACCAGCAGCGCCUGACGGAAGAACUGCACACCAUCGAGAACGGGUACCACGACAACCCCACCCUGGAAGUGAUGGAGACAUUAUCCGAAAUGCAAGAGAAGAAGGUGAACUUGAACGGGGAGCUGGGAGACAGCUGGAUCGUGCCCAUGGACAGCCUCACCAAGGAUGAACUGGACGAAGAAGAAGACACCCACUUAUAAGCGGUGGGGUUGCGUGUCUUGUUUUUUUUUAACAAAAGGAAAGAACGAGGGGAGGAGGAGACGUGAGCAUAGAAAAAGAUGGAACUUCACGCUGCCCGCUCUCUGCCCCCCCCUCCUCCCUCCCUCCCUCCAAAUUUCUAUAAAGAUGGAAAACUCAAAUCUUUCGCCACAAGUGCCGAUGCAGGAAGGACGGGCUGGGAUGGCACCAGUUGGAGGUGGCACCUGCCAUAUUUUUGUGAAUUUCUUUUUUUUAUUAUUAUUAUUAUUAUCAACGUUCUUUUUAAACCCAUCGGCUUUCGGAAGCAAAGUUAUAUUAUGUACACGUACUGAUUUUUUAAGGGCAAUGCGCUCUUCUUUAAGCAUGGCCGAGGCUCGGAGCGGUGUCAGUAAUGGGGAAUCUGGAGAAAGAUCACAAAUUGUCCUGGACACAGGAAAUCUAUGGAGAAGAGAACCUUUCCUGAUGCCACCAAUUGUUUGGGGGUGUUUUUUUUUUUGUUUUUUGUUUUCCUUGAUGGCUUUUUGUUUUUUGUUUUAAGCAAAAAAGCAAGUCUCUAGUCCUGACGACGACUGAGCGAGCUGGGUUUAAAAGACAAGCUUUCAAUCUGAAAAGAUGGAAUUAGGAGCAGGAUUUCUCAGGUAGAGAGAGUGGAAAAUAAUAAUUUUCUCCGGUAUGGCUAGCCGAAGUGGGAUCUCUUAUGCAGCAACACAAUCCUACGUGCUGAGAUAUAUAUAUAUAUAUAACUUGCCCUCAUUUAGAUCUGCAAUGGAGGCCAAACAAGGGAUUUGGCCCCAAAUAGGACAGACGUUGGUGGAAGCGCCUUCUCUCUUUUCAAAACUGGAUUUAUUUCCUCCGCCGCCACGUUUGGGGUCAUCUUCAAAAAUCUGGAAAGACAAUUUCCGUUCUUGACCCAUUGCGUGUGGCCGACAAUGCUUAUGCGAGCUGUGUGUGCUUGGCUUUCAAACACGGGCUGCAAAACAAGUGAAGGUUUGGAGAAGGGACCCAGGGUGUGUAUGUGUGUGUGUUUCGGGGGUGUAUGUGUAUGCAUGUGUUGAAGUUGCAGCUCUCAGCCGGGAGAGCAAGGCACUAGGAUGUCAGGAAAACGAGAAGCACAGCAAGUUUCGUAGACCCCCAGCUUCUACAUCCAGAAUUAAAUGUCCUUGGAGAUCCUCAGUGAUCCAGGUCACGGCUGUCCCAAAGGUGCCUUUU